AGCUCUGAGUACAGGUAGGACUUGUUAUAGGUUCUUGCCGUUCGUCGAGGAACUUUUUCGCGACUAUAUCCCACAUAAAGUUCUUUUACAUAUCGAUUUUAGCAACUGUAUAUCCACGGUCUUGUCUUUAAAGAAUUCGAGUGCAUCAACAGACAGCAUUGAUUUUUUGCUCGUCAGCUACUUACAAGCAGGAAUAUAGAUAGUGCGUCAGACAGUAACUCGCUCGCCUAAAGAAGCGAGCACACAAUUGAUUUUUUGCUCGUCACGAUAUAUUGUGCCUCAGAGUCAGACCAGUUCAGCGUACAAGGAUAAAAGCACGACACAAGAAAAUGAAAACUACCAGCAGCACGCGCGUCUACUUACUGUGUGGUCUUCUACAGGUCUGCGCAGCUGCACUGCUGAAGAUGCAUACUGCCGGCUUCUUGAUGGCAACAAACAGCUAUGCUUUCCUCGUCUCGUC